GCUCCCUUGGUUUAUUACGACCCUCGUACGCCCCGGACACGGAAGCCCUCGGAACCCUUGACCAGACACAUACUACAUUGGAUACAGUUGUUCUCAAUGAAUGAAUCGGGCUGUGUUGUUCAUAUGUGUAUGAUUGGAUUCCAUCAUAGGAAGGGCUCUAUUAUUGAACUCGUUUACCCAUCCUUUACCGACUGUGGCACAAAUGUUCCAAAUGGGAAUGUCAUUGUCCCUCCUAAAUGGAAAAACCUUGCCUCUCUAGCACUCCCUGAUGGUGCCCAUAAUUUUCUAAGCGGUAGGUGUUUGUCAACAGCUUUUCUUUUUGCUUUAGAUAUAGUCUACUUUACUCUGCCUAGUUUGGAAAAUACUCGUGACACCGUGUUUGGCAUUGCCUUAUAUCGCCAAAUUGCUGCUUCCGCGCUUCCCCAUUACAAUCCUGACGUUACUAGAAACACGGUCCAGAAAAGCUUGGUGGUCCUGUCUCGUUUGCCCCUGUUUGGUUUCAUCGCCCACCAUCUGUCUGUUUUGGCGGACGCACUGUUUGAGAAUGGUCCUUUCACUGUCGAGCGCUUCAAACAAUUCUACAUCGAAUUGAACACUAACUUCGAUGCUGUACUGAAAAAUCCACCUGCCUACCAAGAUGCUCUUCACUACAAUUUGAGCCCCGCGAACUUGAUCCGGGUCUAUGGGCGCGACGCUCUGAUUCUGUUUAAGCUGGUUCUACUUGAACGUCGAAUCCUUUUCACCGGCGAGUCAGCCGGGUGGAUGUGCAACUGGAUUUUAACUUUAUUGAGUCUUUUUCCGAAUUUACUUGAGAACGGGCUUUCGCAAUGUGCUUUUGUGGAUCGUUCUUGGGUUCGCGAUCGCACGUGCUGGGCCUCAUCAUGCUGUGCCGUUGAAGCGGCUGCGUUUAACUCUGAUGUGCAUACAGCGGACAUCUACCUAAUCCCCAAUGAACACAUAGUCACGCACACGCCACUGGCCGAAACGGACUUAUCCUUUACUAGCGAAGCGCCCGGCAAUGCGGUGCGCCACAUUACCGAUAUUCCAUUGCAUUCGAACCAAGAUGCUACAGCUGUGCCAAUUACGAUUGUCCCCUACCUUAACGUCACUUUAACAGCGUUUCCGGUGCGUCAUAUGCAAAAAAAUGUGCAACGACUGUACUCCAAACUGAUCACGACCAAUUACGCUCGACUUCUGAUGCGCCACCUUUUUCACCCUUUCCAACGGACGAUUGGGGAUUUCCAUUGUCCAUAUUUACAAAGUCGCCAGUUAUUUUAUCAUCGUUUAUUAUCCUAUUUCUCAUCUCACACCUCUGCCCACUUCCAGCUUAAACGGCAACCACAAACCAUAACCUUUUGUUCACCCAAUGGUCAUCGUCCGCAUUGCACGACUUCUCUUUCACAAGCGAUGCAGCUCACUCGGUUGGACCGCGUGUUCAUCGAUCAGUUGCAGAAAUUAGUUACCCAAUGGUUUCAUGCACAAUUAAGUGCGUACGAUCUGUCACUGCCACACGCCACUGCCUCCACAGUCAAUCACCGUUGGGAUCCCUUGUCUCACAGCCAAAAAAGCAUUCUCCUUCGAUUUCCUUCUAUCUCCGCACUGAACGUAUUUGUUAGAGCGCAAUUUGCAACCUAUCUUCGUGCAUCACUUCUCACUGCUGGGGGCUACGGUAUGCAAGCUGAUGAUUUCAACAGUCUGUUUAUCAAGUACCUAUCCAGAACAAAUUCUUUCGGAAUUUGGCGCACCCGAUUUGUUCCCGAUAAUAUCCUUACGGUCUCUGUUCCAAUGUCCUCCUCCACCGUAAGUGAUUAUAUCACCAGAAGCCGUCCACAUGAAGCUCCUACACAUUCAAGCGAGUUAAAUUUAAGUUUUUCCGACGAUCUCGAUGUCAGACGGCCACUUCGAUCGUUAUCCUCCACUUCACUCCCCCGACACAACCCAUCACGGAGUGUCGGAGAAGUAACAUCAACCUUAUCAUCUACAUGUUCCAUGGCGAAUAUGCUUGCGCAGCAUCCAGGAAGACUUUACGGUGACUCAGAUAAUUUGGAUCUCUUCAUUGUCGGAGUGCAACGGAUCCGUGAAUUAGCCACGGAUAGUGGCCGACGAUUCGUGAACCGAACUGCACAAGGAUUUACCCAGUUGGGGAAUUAAUCAGUAGCUUUUCACAUGUGAGAAAUUCCGGAAACCUGCUGCUCACUGUGACCGAUAGGGAAUGUUGAAACCAACUUAGACGCCGCUUUCCGAUCCGCCUCAUCUUCGACAACAUUGACCAAAUUCUCAACUGCAUUCAAGUCCCUGUUAGGGGGCACCUCGCCUGAUACUAAUUAACCGACUGUACUUUGUCGCUCAACCAACUGUCGCUCCUUCACACAUUCCAACGACUCUUUAUUCUCCGUAACCAGAUCUUUUUCGUGUGCUGUCGAAAUUGUAACUUAUUCGUUGGAGCAAACACACAUUUUCUCCGUGAUUUUUAUACCCUAACCUACUCGCGCCUCGCGUGUAGUUUAUUUUGUCCGGCUUGAACCUCUAUUUAUUGAACGAACUGGCAACUGAAUUUUUCCUUCCCACCAUGUACCUUCCCACUUUGCCUGACAUGUUAUAUUACAAUACACAAUGAUUUAUCACGUGUAUAAAA